UUUGAAUUUCGUUAAUUUUUAUAGUGAUAUCAAACGGCCUUGGAGCUCGCGGCACUGGCCGUCGGUGUAGCUGUGGUCGUCUCUGCACUGGAACAAGACGGAGAAGGAGAAGGCGGUUCGGCUGCCGCUGGCGUUGGUCUUGAAGAACUUAACCUUGGUAGACUGGAAAACAAAAAUUCGAUCCGGAGGACGGUUGAGCGAGCUUGUGGGUUGGUCCCGGUUAGAUGAGUGAGGUGUUGCUUUGAACAGCGCUUGAAGACCAAAGCAGAGUAAUCCGGGAGCGAAUUCAGCAAGAAUGUCUAAGAAAGCCAUAGACAGAGAUAAUUCAAAAGGGUUUUGCGGGAAUAUCCAUUUGAGGGCGCGCGGUGAUGGAUGGAGUCGGACUCAUGGCUGGAUGAUUAGGAAUUUCCAGAGGGAUUUGUGGGGGAAUUAGAGAAAAUGUGAAAUGGUUUUGGAUUGGAAAUGAGAAAUGAGGAAUGCUCAUCGUUGCUAGUUUGCUACACCUGGUUUGCUUCCUUCCAACCGAGAGCGGCAAGUGACCGUUAGAGAGGCGGAUGAGGAGGACCGCCAAGCGAAGGCUUUACCUUUUCGUCUUCUUUUGUUGAUCUGAACCCUAAAAAUUACAAGAAAAAAACACUUGAUUUAUUGAAAUUUGAAGUCAUUGUGACAGGAUGGUGAGCCAACUGGUUGGUGAUGCUUCCGUGAUGAAUAUCAUUGCCCAAAUAGCCGGCAUCUUGGCAUUCAUCGCCGCAGACAAGAGAACGCUCUAUCGCGACCCCCAAAUUCUCGUGAAUCGUCGCCGACAUCUCGGUCAUUACUCAUUGCCGCCCCUACCGUUCUGAAUUUCCACCGUGCCGUUCGAAGGAAAAGAAGGACAUAGAAGAAAAAUGAGGAGGAGGAGAAUCAGCGACCAUGCGCGACACCGUUGGUGUUCUCUCCCGCUGUCGAGAAUCUCUACUGCUGCCGCUUGGGCUGCCGGAAUUGGUAUGGCAUCCUCCCUUCCCCUUUCUUAAUUUCUCCAUUUCUUCUCUCUCUCUCUCUCUCUCGCCCUCCACCCUAAAUUCAUCUUGAUGGUUGAUUUACCAAAAUGGCCCUCUAUUGUUCAAGCUGCUCUUAUGCCCCAAGUUCCAUACAGCCACCAUGGAUGCCCGAGCACAAUCCAGUGCAUGCACCCACACCUUUUAGUUUUUCACCAUGGAUUUCUUUACCUCAACACUUGCCUAUUGUUUGCUAGUUGUUUGGGAGCUUGUAGUUUAAUUUAGAUUUUUAUAAAUUUGAAUAAGUUAUGAACUAUAACAUUGCAUUUAUAAAUACAAAAAAUUCAAAAGUAAAGUUCAAAAUUCCUGUUCUUGAACACAACUAUAUAUUCAUGUGUAUAAGUAGUUUCAUAGACCUUCAUGCAUGAUUACAUGUGAUUGUAUAGGCAUAAGCCUUAGUGUUUAGUACACUGGAUAAUACACACACACACAGAUGUAUAUAUGUAUAGUUCUUGUUAUAUAUAUGUACAUGGAUAUUUGCAUGCAUGCAUAUAUACUUCUGGAAUAUGUGUUGCCCAUACGUAAUAACGUAUUUGUGUGUUGGCAUAUAAGAAUGCAUGUGGGUAUUGUUGAGGAUUCUUUGCCUUAAUCCUAGGAGAAUAUUAUGUCCAUACUUUCCUUUUAUCUGUCCUCUAAUUAAUAGGUAACUGUUAUGUAAUUAUUGUAAUUAUUACAUGUAAUCUGUAAAUUAUUAUAAAUAAACAAUUCUCACCACUUCACAAGUGUGGUGGUUUUUUCUAAACACUCUCAUGGUAUCACAGCCUCCCACGAUCCUACCUUCCUUUUCUUUCUGGCAUAGCUGCAGCAACCCUAACUCAACCUACUUUACCCCCCCUCCCGAGGGCCGCCGCACUGCUGUCAACCCAUCGCGGUGUCACCUACUCCCAGCGGCUAGCAGGCAGUCAUCGCAGUCGCCUCUACCCUCUCGCUGCUUUGCAAUCGCCACUGCCUACUUGGCUUUGCCGACUUGCCACCCACUCUCCAGUUGCUAGCACCGUCGUUCUUCACAGAUCUCCCUUCCCAUGGUUGCCGAAACCUCCUCCACUCUUCUUCCUUUCAACACCCUCAUCCACAUGGUUACCAUCAAACUCUCCUCUUCCAACUAUCUCCUCUGGAAGAGUCAAUUGCUUCCUCUCUUAGAGAGCCAAGAACUAAUUGGCCAUGUGGAUGGAACCCUGAAGCCCCCACCCCGUUUUGAUCCUAUGGAUUUUUAGACACCAAACAUCAAACAUGUGGUGUGGAAAAAUGCAGACCAACAUCUCCUGAGCCUACGCUUGUCCUCCCUCACUGAGGAGGCCAUGGCUGAAGUCAUGGGUCUCUCUGCUUCACAUGAGGUCUAGAUUACCUUAGAGAACACCUUCAGCCAUCACUCCAAGGCUUGUGAAAUUCGUCUCAAGGAUGAUUUGCAACUCAUGAAACCCGACACUAGGUUCGUUUUGGAGUACGCCUGAGCCUUCAAGGCCCUCUGUGCUCAACUUCAUGCAAUCAGAUGCCCCGCUGAUGACACAGACAAGGUACACUGGUUCCUUUGAGGUUUUAGCUCAAAAUUCUCGAGUUUUUCCAUGGCACAAAUGGCUCUCACCCCGUUGCCUUGUUUUGCUGACUUGGUGCCCAAAACCGAGAGCUUUGAGCUCUUUUAAAAAUCAUUGGAGCCUGCUGCCCUGCCCCCUGCGGCAUUCAUUGCUACCCAUCGUCACCUUGCGAAGACAAACUUGAGGUCUAGUUCCUCCCGGAAUCAGCAAGGCCGAAUUGGCGGCCAUGGACAUGGACAGGGUUGCUUCUCUUCUGGACGACAUUCUCUGCACUGCCAAAUAUGCCGCAUGGAGGGUCACUAUGCAAAUCGCUGUAGCAAAUGGUAUGAUCGCCAUGGUCAUGCCCCUAAAGCUCAGCUUGCUGCAGCCCUCACCUCGUUGGGUUCCAUCUCUGGAUAUGAGGCCUCAUAUUGGUAUUUAGAUACAAAAGCUUCGGCCCACAUGACUCCAGCUCAAUCCAACCUGGAUCAGUCCACUUCAUAUACGGAUUGCCAAAUGGGAAGGGCGGUGGCAACUGGUAAAGGAGAUGGCGGCUUAUAUGUGCUAGAAUGCAGCAAUUCCGCAUUUGUUUUUGUCCUCCAAAAUAUAUCUCUUCAUGUUUCAUAUGAUUUAUGGCAUGCUUGUCUUGGACAUGCAAAUCUUGGACAUGCAAAUCAUUCUGUUGUCUCUCUUUUGAAUAAAAAAAGAUAGCUUUAUCUU